UUUCUUUUGGUUUUUUUUAGUGUUCCCAAAAUUUCCGCGUUGAAUGUUUCAUGAAGCAACUUGACCAGAAUACAGUUUUAUCAUCAGCGGCCUGUGUACAGGGGUCAGGCCAGUUCGUAACGUGAUACGGGGAUUGCGUGAAGGGGAUCCAGCAAAGAUAGCAUGCGUAUAUAGGCUGGGAUGAAAUAUCAUUGAAACAGACCUCUGCACAGGGUGCCUGAAGUGCGGCAGUAGGCGUGUUUCUAGAAGCCAUACUUCAGAAUGUUCGUGGCCUCUUGACCAAUUUACAAGGUAAUUCUGGAAUAAAUAUGUGACUGCCCAUGCAAGAAAAUGACGAGGACUGAAAAUAUCGCAGAUACGCCUCUGCCUCGGCGAGAAAGAGACACAUUUUGCUGGAAAGGGAAAAGCCACCUUGGAAAUACGAAAGCGGCCGCCGAAACUGAAGAAACUAUUAAAGGCCUAAAUUGUCCUCCUACCACUCUGCAAUGGAAAGACAUUACCUUCUCUGUCGAAACAAAGACAGGAAAGCGAGCACUGCUGUCUCGCAUGUACGGGAAGGCAUUACCUGGGACGCUCACCGCCAUCAUGGGUCCAUCAGGAGCUGGCAAGACCUCGCUUCUCAAUGUUCUUUCCGGUCACUACCACGAAGGUUACGACGGUGAAGUUCACGUCAACGGCUAUCUGCGAGAUGUGAAGCUGUUCAACAUGCAGAGUUGCUACGUCAUGCAGGACGAUUGCUUACUGCAAGAUCUGACAGUACGUGAAGCCCUCACCAUGAGUAUAGAGCUCAGAACCACGUCGAAUGGAGGCGAACCCAUAUCCCAUCUCGUAGUAGAAGUGAUCGAGCGUUGGGGCCUCGAAGAAUGCGCUGAUACAUUGACUAGGUAUCUUUCUGGUGGGGAGAAAAAGCGCCUCGCCAUUUCACAAGAGCUCAUCAGCAAUCCAUCGGUGAUAUUUCUCGACGAACCUACCAGUGGCCUGGACAGCAGCUCAGCGCUGCGCUGCGUCCGAGUGCUCAAAUCGCUCGCUGAAUCAGGACACACAGUGGUGUGCUCGAUUCACAACCCGAGUGCUCGACUGUUUUCACAUUUUGACAACCUUUACAUGCUUUCGAGAGGAAGGUGCAUCUAUAGCGGCUCAGUAGAGCAGCUACUGCCAUUCUUGGAGUCUCAAGGCAUCCACUGCCCGGUAUUCAACAGCCCAUCCGAUUUCAUUACGGAGAUAGCGUCUGGCGAACACGGAGAAUUGACAACCAAGUUAUCAGGCUUCUUCAUUCCUGAUGAUUCUUGCAUAAUUAACAAAAAGUGGCAUGAUUCGUUGCCUCUCACCAGCUACGGUGGACGAAUAAUGAGCGUUAAGGAGAUGGAGGAAGUCAAACGACAACAUGAAGUACGAGUGAGGUACUGGAAGCAGUUCAAGACUCUUCUAAAAAGGAGCUGCCUCUGCGUAAUGAGAAACAAGGCCACUUUCGGCAUGCGCCUGACGGUCAGCCUGCUCUUCGGCCUUCUGCUCUCCAUGAUGUACUACGACUUGGGCAACCGGGCAGCGCUAGUGCGCGAAACGAUCACAAUGUACCUCGUGGCGAUGCUGCUGCUGCUCUUCGCAUACUGCGGCACGACUUCCAUAACGUUUCCUCUGGAGAUCGAUGUUCUGCUAAGGGAGCAGAGAAACUGCUGGUACUGCCCAAGUUUGUAUUUUGUGACACGUAUACUUGCGGACGUUCCGUUAACGAUUGCUGGUCCCGUGGUCAUGAUGACUAUUGUGCACUGGAUGACGUCUCAGCCUAUGGAGUUCUGGCGCCUUGCCAUCGUCAUACUUUUCUCCAUCCAGUUUGCUUCUACGAGUGAAAGCAUUGGUUACGUCUCGUCCGCUCCGUUCAGUCUUGAGGUUGCCACGCUGGUUGGACUGCCCGCUGCGACUCCGUCAUUCUUGUUCUGCGGCUACUUCGUGCCGCCUCGAUAUCUGUUCCCGGCCAUCAGGUGGCUCACGUACACCUCCCAUUUGUACUACGUUCUCCGUGGCAUCAUGGUCGCGUUGUAUGGUGGCGGACGCGGCGAGCUAAAGUGCGACGAACGGGACACCGACGUGCUUUGUGUCCCCAUCGAGGGUGAGGCGGUGCUAGACAUGAUGGAGUCGAAGGACGUGGACCUGCUUGCUUACUCGUUGGCGGUGUUGGCUAUAGACAUCUUCUUGAAAAUUGUCGCUUUCGCUCUUCUUAAGUGGCGAUUACGGCGCAAGAAGUGAGCCCUGUUUCACUGUAUUAAAAACUUGAGUGUCACUGGGCCUUCGACAAAUUAAAAUAUGUGUAAAAAAUACUUCGGUUCUCUAUGU